GAGGAGCCUGACUCCACCGUGCGGCGUCAGGAUGUUCACAGAGCGAAACUAAUGUAGCAGGAGCAGAGGAAGCAGAGGUCGAAUAGCUUCACAGCAAAGGAAGAUGGAUCCAGGGGACAGGAAGCAAACGGCGUCAGGCAGCACCUCUGUUUUUGUGCACAACCCACACCUGGAUACCCUGAAAGAUGACAUCCUCUACCACUUCAGUCUAGGGACAGGAACUCACAACCUGCCAGCCAUGUUUGGUGAUGUGAAAUUUGUGUGUGUUGGAGGUAGUCCCUGGAGAAUGAAAGCGUUCAUUGAGUACAUUGCUGCCGAGCUUGGUAUGGAAGACCCCAAGUCAGAGUACCCAAAUAUCUGUGCAGGAACAGAUCGCUAUGCCAUGUACAAAGUUGGCCCUGUACUCUCUGUCAGUCAUGGCAUGGGCAUCCCAUCUAUUGCCAUAAUGUUACAUGAGCUAAUAAAGCUUCUCCAUCAUGCACAUUGCACAGAUGUUACAAUCAUACGCAUUGGGACAUCAGGGGGAAUAGGGCUUGAGCCUGGCACUGUUGUUGUCACCAAACAAUCUGUGGAUGCCACCUUUCUGCCAAAGUUUGAGCAGGUGAUUCUGGGGAGGACAGUGGUUCGCAAUACUGAUCUAGACCUAGGUCUGUCUGAGGAGCUGUUGGAAUGCAGCAAGGAGCUGAACCAAUUUCCAACCGUGAUAGGAAACACCAUGUGCACGUUGGAUUUCUAUGAAGGUCAAGCCCGUUUGGAUGGUGCGUUCUGCUCCUACACAGAGAAGGAUAAACAAGACUACCUCAAAAAGGCCAGUGAGGCAGGAGUUUGCAAUAUUGAAAUGGAGUCAUCAGUUUUUGCUGCAAUGUGCAAGCUGAGUGGUCUGCGAGCGGCUGUGGUAUGUGUAACAUUACUGGAUCGGCUGAAGGGGGAUCAGCUGAACAGCUCUCAUGAAGUUCUUCACAGUUACCAACAACGUCCUCAGAUACUGGUUGGCCACUACAUUAAGAAGCAUCUGACUGCCAAAGCACAUAGCUAAGUGCCACAGUGGACAUGAAAGCAUACUUCAAACUCUGGGCAACAUAGCUUUGAAAUAUAUAACCCACUGAUAACAUUAUAUGAAGAUGAUAACUACCCUUGAAUAUUUUAUUUUCUACACAGCAGUUAAAUAUCGACUGAAUUUUAAUAUGACAGAAUGUCAUCAGUUUCCCUUCUUACUGAUUUAGCUUAUCCUGUUUCCACCAUGAUAAACCUCCAUGCUGCACUGUUUUACUUGUUUUUGUUUGUAUUUAACUUAAGGAUAAUGUAAUAAAGCAGCAAAGACUCAUCACAGAUGUCUUAAAUAAGGCCUCCAUGUUUUUUUUUAAAGUGUAAGAUAUUUUUCCACAAAACUUGAAUCAUUAGAUAUGAGUGUAUAUGUUGUGUUUUAAAGAAAAGCUUGUCCCAGUGCUUCUAAAUGAUGUCAUGACAUUAUUGUGUGUUGAUUUGUGUCCUUGUCCCUUGUCAUGAGUUAUUGCGAACUCUGUAUCUUCUUCAGGCUUUUAAAAUUCUGAAUGUAUCUUAAUGUCUUUCUAAAAUGAAGCCACUGUAUUUUUGUGUCAUGAGGUGUAAUGCAGAGCCUCAAAAUGGCAGACAAAAUGUCACCUUUGGGCAAAUCCACUGGAUGUUGUCAAACUAAUAAAGCCUCAUGCUGUCUGAA